AUGGCGGACGUGUCUCAGACCCCCGCGACUCUAGUCACACCUCGCACCUCCCGCACCUCCCUCUCCCGCUCGCUCGGUCGCCAGCGCAAGGUCUCAGACGCCUCCACGCCUAUCAAAACCCCUGGGCCGAACAACACCAGUUCCACUUUUCGAUCCAUCCGAAACCUCAUCCCCUUCGGCCAAGGCAAGCCCACCAAUGGCCGCGGCCCCGCCGACACCAGCGGUAACAGAGCUGCCAACUCCCCUGCACCUGCGACCCCCGUCAAAUACGCUUUCUCAGCAUUUAGCUCGUUUCGACGCUCUGCAAUACUUGAGAGGAAACCAUCUGGCACAUUCCGCCAGGCAGAUGUUCCAACCAUAUCCAUCGAACCCUCAAAUAUCGUACAGGAGGAGGAAGCCCGUUCCUAUCCCCCAUCACCCGUCAAUCGUCACCCAGAAGACGAUACCUUCAGACUGUCUCGCACUCCGGAUAGAUCUCUGAAUAGUAGCCGAGGGUCUCGUAGCCCUUUGGAGGAUAACCGAGCCAAGCCUUUACCUCCCCCUUCACCUCCUCGACCCGUCGUCGGACCAGACCUAUCGACGAUCAUGGAAGCAGAAACCUCUGGUAUUUCCCGAUACCUUCCAUCCUUCGAAGAUUCGACUGCACGAAGCCCGUCGCCCGAGUCCACUCAUGGGGACUUCAUGCCUCCCCCCCUCACCAGACACCCUUCAUCGAUCUCCAUAGACUUUGCUCUUGACCUGUCCACAUCCAAACUCAACACCGAGGUUCUCCAUGCUCUUCGCCACGAGGACGCGGGGACUGCAAACGAGUGGCUCGCCGGCACAGAUGGCAUAGUAGUCGACCGCAGCUUUCAUUCCCCUAUGGACGAGAGCAGUCGGCAUCACUAUGGCGAUACAAGCGUAACCUUCAGCAGCAUGGAUCCUGACCUUGCUGCUCUCCUGAGCCCACACAGGGGCUUCUCUAGCUCGAUUGGGACGGGCUACCAAAAAGGCACCCCUACGUUUCGACAGACACGAGAAUCCCCUCAGACGUCGUUUCAUCCCCUGUCUGGCACUACCCCCUCUCCGUCCCCAUAUUUAUCCCCCAUCCCCGGCUCACCUCCAACGCUACCUACCAUCUCUCAGUUUGAAACCGAACAGCUAGCCAUAUCUCAGUCCGAACUUGGAUCGCCCGUUUCAAUGUCACCUGUAUAUCUCAGAGAACAAUCAUCGUUCCUCAACUUCGCCGCUACGCCAUUCGAACAAGAAAGCUUCGCUCAGUCAUCACCUACACGCCGGUCGUACAUGUCCUCUCAGAAUGAGGUAGAAACAGCGAGGGAAGGAUCACCGGAAGGAGCAGGACGAGCCCAAAUCAUGCCUAGCAUCCUUCGCGGAAAACACUCCAUCACCCCUCCGGCAGCCGAAGGACGCAAGACCACCGGACACUGGGACAGCCAGCAGGACAUCGACGACACCUUCAAGUACAUGCACGCCGGGAGCAUGCGCCGCCGACCGAACCCGCCCUCGCCGCUUGCCUUGGCUGUGCCACUCACCAACCCCGAAUCACCCACCGAUACGCGGCAGGACCGCCGGAGCAUCGAUCGGGAUGGUCAACGCAGAGUGAGCGGAGGAGACUCACGCAGCACGACGCCCAUUCGCAGGCCGUACCUCGCGUACCAGUCUUCGACGCCUGGACAUAGCCCCACGCGCUCGUCCCCGUCGUCGGGUGCGCGGCCGUCCCCGACGAAGGUCGCGUACGCGUCCCUCUCGUCGACGUCGCUCCCGAGACGCCGGUCAGCUGUUCCCCGCGUGGCGAGCUUCGACGUGGGACGGUCUUCGAGGUAUGAAACUCCUCAACGCCCGUCCGCGGAGUUCGUCUCGCGCUCGUCUGUGGAUGUGUCGCGCCCCGCUGGCGGUGGUGACAUCGACCGCCCAGCCAUAUCUGGGGUGACGUCCUCUGCUCGCCGCCUUCAGACCCUCAGGACGCGUCAGCGAAGCCACAGUGUGCAAGAGGGCCCCCCUGGACGUUUCGUUUCGGCGAGUGGAGGAGGCUCUUCCGGUGGCAAUCGCUCGCCACUGGCACCCACGUUCUCCCCGCCUUCUCCAAACCGGCCUGGGUCGGCGCUUUCGAGCUCUGCAGCUGGAUAUGCGUACAACUCAGGCAACGGCACCCGCUAUGCUGGGUACGGCCCUGGUUCUGGCAAGCAACGCGUAUACUCGCCUCGUUACGCCAGCGAUGGCGAUGGUUUGCCCGAUGGACGUCCACCGCCCAUGGAGUGGCUCGGUCCUAGGACAGUCAAGGCGUUCGCUGCGGCCGGGCUUCUCGACAACGACCGUGACCCAGCGCUCACCGGUAGACCGACUCGCGCCGCGGGCGACCGGUACGAACGGGCGCCGUCUCGCACGACCACACCUUCGCGCACGGGCUUCUCUGAUGUCUCGGGCGCGUCAACGACCUCUUGGAACCGCUCGACGCCCCGCGGUGCGUCUGGCUCGUCAGAGGUGUGGGGCGGCAGCCCGACGUUCACUUCUGCUACGACGACGACGACCGGCACGAGCGGGCGCAGCGGCGCUAGCCAGACGAGUAUGACCUCCCCACGUACUAUCUCGUCCCUCGCUACGUCGGCUGGCGCAGCGGGUGUUGAUCUGAAUGCGGUUGUGCAGGAGCUCAAGGACAAGCAUGCGGCUGAGACAGAGGCGCUUCUUGGUGCGCUGCGCGAUUCGCAGGUGGUCGCGAAGGGUAUGCGCGAGGAGAUGGGGGCGCUUAGGGCGGAGAACGAGGAGCUGAGAGAGGGGGCUGAGAGGAGGAGGGAGGAGAAUGAGAGGCUGAGGGUGCGGAUGGAGGGGCUGGAGGCGGAGGCGAGGGCGAUGCGGGCAGAGCGGUAUCGCCACAGGGAGAGGGAGAGGGAGAGAGAUCUAGAGGUGGAGAGGUGGAGGACUCAGAGGCCCGACACGGUCAGGGCAGCUCCGCCGUCGGGGCGCGUGUUCACGCGCCCUGCUCGUGGUGAGCGCACGGAGGGGGCGGUGGAUCUGACACAUGUUGCACCUCCGAGUAGGGCUUCUACCUCCUUGGCGUCGACUUCGAAGUGGGUUGCUCCACAUUCGGGAGGCGGGCACGCGGAGGACCCUUUGACUCCGAGGAGCAGGACAUUCACCACGCCUGAUGCAAGACUCGCUCGGCGGGCGGAACUCGCUUCACGCGAGCCGUCGCCGACUGCGCAUCGGUCGCAGCACCAGCAUCAGCAUGCGGACCAGCAGGAGAAGAAGGACCGUCGCAACAGCUCCACGUCUUCCAUCUUCCCCAACGUCCCUCCCAACAUGUCUCUUCUCAUGCUCGAAAAAGGCGCAUCCCUACCCGACUUCGACGCUACUUCCCACUCCGAGUCGCGCUCGCGCUCGCGUUCACAAAGCCCGCGUCGCUAUGCUAGACCUGGGAUGAUGCACGCCCGCCAGGAGUCCUCCGCCUCCAACACUACAUCCGUCUCCAACACUACAUCCGUCUCCGCAAGGUCGCCGACUGAACCUUCAUCUCCGAGCUUCUGCCUGACGGAAUUCAACGGCUCCCCGACCAGCCUGCAGCUCCGGCCCGAGCACGAGCUGCAUCUCGGCGACAUGACUACUCUGAGUCUGUACCCAUUGAGCGAUGGCGAGGAUGCCCGCAGUUUCUAA